AUGGAAGCUUUUUCUUGCAUCGUCGCCAAAGCUUGUGACGCUGGGAGAUUGAAGGGGAUAAAGUUACCAAACGGGGGCCCGGUGAUUUCUCAUUUGCUUUACGCUGUCGAUGCUCUUACUGUUGGGGAAUGGUCUCCAGAAAAUAUAAAGGUUGUGGCUAGAAUCCUUCGGGUUUUCCACGCUUAUUCGGGUCUGAAAAUCAAUUUCCAUAAGUCUAACCUAUUUGGGGUGGGUGUGGAUGAGGGCGAGAUUAUUAAUAUGGCGGAAGUGGUGGGUUGUUGUAAAGGGGUCUUCCCUUUCAACUACUUGGGUAUUCCUCUAGGAGCAAACAUGAAUAGAAUUAAAAAUUGGGACCCGAUUGUCAAGAUUUUCCAUAAUCGGCUUUCGAUUUGGAAAGCUCGAACUCUCUCUAUUGGUGGUAGAUUGAUGCUUGUCAAAUCGGUUCUUGAAAGCCUCCCCGUCUAUUUCUUUUCCAUCUUUAAGGUUCCUUGCAAAGUGGUGGAUAAACUUGAAGCUCUUAUAAAGAAUUUUCUAUGGGGUGGGACGGAGGAAGUGAAAAAAAAAUGA